UCCCCCACGCCGCGAUGGGGACCGGCCUGGGGGGGCUUUACCUGCUGGGAGUCCUGGCAGCAACUUGUGUGGCUGUGCAGUUCGUUCCUGCAAAGACCUAUGAAGACUGGUGGGCGUACAAGGAGACUCUUCAUGGUAGCUUUGUGCCAGGCCCACCGUUCUGGGGUCUGGUGAAUUCAGCUUGGAGUCUCUGCGCCAUUGGCAAACGCCAGUCGCCACUGGAUGUGAACACAAGUCAGAUGGUGUUUGACCCUUUCCUUCUUCCUCUUCGCCUCAGCACAGGUGGGAAGAAGGUCAGCGGCACCAUGUACAACACGGGGCGGCACGUGUCCUUUCGUCCAGAUCCGCUACAGCUGGUCAACGUUUCUGGGGGGCCUCUUCUGUACAGCCACCGGCUCCAGGAGAUACGUCUGCAUUUUGGCAGCGAGGACGGAUUUGGCUCCGAGCACUGGAUCGACGGCGAGAGCUUUUCUGCCGAGGUACAGUUGAUCCACUACAACCAAGAGCUGUACCCUAACAUCUCAGAGGCCUCACGCAACCCCAAUGGCUUGGCUGUUAUUUCAAUCUUUGCUAAUGUCGGGCCAAGUCCUAACCCGUUCCUAACCAGGCUAUUAAACAGAGAGACCAUUACCCGGAUCUCCUAUAAAAACAAUGCCUACCUUCUACACGACCUGAGUCUUGAGGAUCUUUAUCCUGAGACGUUCGGUUUCAUCACCUACCAGGGAUCCAUGUCGACCCCUCCGUGCUACGAAACGGUCACUUGGAUCCUCAUUGACCGGCCCAUCAACAUUACCUCCGUCCAGAUACACUCCCUUCGCCUUCUCAGCCAGAACCUUCCUUCCCAAAUUUUCCGAAGCAUGAGCGAUAACUCAAGACCCCUCCAGCCCCUCUUACAACGAAGCCUUCGCAGCAACCGGGACCUGCGGCGCCCCACGCGGCGAUGCAAAGGAGCCAACUACAAGCUACAUGUUGACGGCACCCGGCCCUCCAAAACUGUCGUCUAGACAGGCCCCACUGCAGCCAAUUUUGUCCUAUUGAAUGUUCAAGGGUGUCUGUCGCUCCCUCAAA